UGAAAUUGUACUUAUAGGAAAAUGGCAAAUUAAUUGAUUGAGUAGCAUUCAUUGUUAGACUUUCAAGCUCGGCGCUAGGUUUAUAUCUCUGAAAGGUUUUAAAAUGAAAAUAUUGAUGGCCGUCCUGAUUCUAACUCUUCUACAUUCUGUCUGUAGUCAGAGUAAGACAAAUAAAGAACGAAAAGGAAAGAAAGAUCGGUUUGCAAAAUUUUACAUAAAUAACUGGACCCAGUACAAGAUACCAGUACCUGUAGAUGCUGAUUCCAUGAGAGAAAUAUUACAAAGAAUAGCCUUAUACAAAGCGUUACAAUACUGCCCUUUUGAUGGAAUAGAUGUAGAUGCGUGUGUUAAGAAAGGAAUAGUGCCUGUUGUUAAAGCAAUCAUCAGUGAUAUUGUUAAGGAAAAGAACAAGGCAAUAAGAAGGUUCGAGUUAGAUGAGAAGGCGUUAAUAAAGUGUUACAAGAAUAUUUAAUA